UGACGCUUCCUCGCUGCCCCGCGGGUGCGGGAACGUCGCUCUCUUUCCCGGCGGCCGAGGAGAGGCGAUGGCGGCGCUGACGUCUCUCGGCGCGCUGGCGCUCCUCCUGCUGUCGGGUCUCUCCCGCUGCUCAGCAGAGGCCUGUGUGGAGCCCCAGAUCACACCCUCCUACUACACCACCUCGGAUGCUGUCAUUUCCACUGAGACCGUCUUCAUUGUGGAGAUCUCCCUGACCUGCAAGAACAGGGUUCAGAACAUGGCUCUUUAUGCUGACGUCAGCGGAAAGCAGUUCCCUGUCACCCGGGGCCAGGAUGUUGGGCGCUAUCAGGUGUCCUGGAGCCUGGACCACAAGAGUGCACACGCCGGCACCUACGAGGUCAGGUUUUUCGACGAGGAGUCUUACAGCCUCCUGAGGAAGGCUCAAAGGAACAACGAAGACAUCUCUGUCAUCCCACCCCUGUUCACAGUCAGCGUGGACCAUCGGGGCACCUGGAAUGGACCCUGGGUCUCUACCGAGGUGUUGGCUGCAGUCAUUGGCCUGGUGAUCUACUACCUGGCCUUCAGUGCCAAGAGCCAUAUCCAGGCCUGAGUGCCGUCCCAUCCACUGCCGCCAAUAAACCGGCAUUGCUCUCAGUG